CAAAAACACUAAUCUCCUUUCUCUCUCCUCUCUCUCUCUAGCUUACUACUAAGCUAACUUCUCACGUACGACAUAUACCUACUACGUAGUACGAAGUAUAUAUAUAGUAAAGUGUUACAGAAUACGUUAUCCCGUAAUGGAAUAUCUGGGCAUGAAUACUGCUACCAACGUGGCAAAGACUCCUUCACCGAGGAGUAAACGAAAACACAACCAACAACAACAACAACAACAAGAUCAAUCACCCCCGAGUACUAUUAGAUACUUGGGGGUGAGGCGACGUCCGUGGGGCCGCUAUGCGGCCGAAAUAAGGGACCCCACCACAAAAGAGCGCCAUUGGCUUGGCACCUUUGAUACCGCGGAGGAAGCUGCCCUUGCUUAUGAUCGGGCUGCCCGGUCCAUGAGAGGCCCAUCUCGGGCCCGAACCAACUUUGUUUACUCGGACUCCCCGACGGGGUCCUCGGUCACUUCCAUCCUCUCCCCGGACGACCAGUCUCAUCUUAACCAAAUCUUUUUCAAUAAUGGGCCUUCCUCGGCCCAAAACCAGCCCAAUACUAUAGAUCAAAAUAUUUGGGCUUGUUGGAAUGCUAACUACCCUCAGCCCAAUAAUAAUAACAACAAUAAUUAUCAACCUCCUGUUGUUAAUAAUGAAGUUACCAAAGAAGUUGAACUUCCCCCAUUGCCCCCGGAUAUUACUUCAAGUUACAACAUGGGGUUUGGUAUGGGUAUGGGCAUGGGUAUGGAAAUGGAUUUGGGUAUGGGUAUGAAUAUGGGUCAAUGGGUUGGAAACGACCCGGAUUUUUUUGGCUUUUCGGGUCAGAUUGAGUCGGUUGGGUUCGAUGACAUUAUCGGUAAUUCCGAACCAAACAUGAGUGGCACGACGAGUAGUGGGACCAUCACAAAUGAUAAUAGUAACCAGUAUAAUUCAAUCAUGCAACAUAGCCCGCUUUUUAGCAAGAUGCCGGUUGUUUCCGACCCGAUAUUUGACGGGUUUGACUUGGGUUCCUCUUCUUCUUACUUUUAUUAAACCUUUUUUUUUCAAAAAGACUUUCUCUUUUAUAUUGUACACUCAUCAACGGCAAGCAGACAAGUGGUGUAGACGGGAUUCGAUCUCAUAUCUUAUUGGCCGAUAUCAACCCACAAAAUUUACGAACUAAGCUAGUUGACAUCCACAUGAACACGCAUCACUUAUUUUUCCGUUCUUCGAUCUUCUUCUUUGCAUUGUUUAUGGUUACAUAUUACAAUAAGCAAUUGUACGGUGUGCUUUGCUUCAUCAAAUCUAGCUUCAUGUUAUUCUUGCAUGUAAUUUAUUGUUUUAAACUUUUUAUCAUUAAUUUAUCUCGAUAUUGUUGUAAGAACUAAGAAGUAACUUGGAAAUUUAUAGAUUUAAUAUAAUUUAUUAAU